CUCAAAUCCAAAGAUCAGCUGAGGACAUUAUCCUUAUGGCACCCCUCUCCUGAGAUGCUCAUUUCCACUUCCUCUGCACGUACAAUGAUGAAAAACUUCCCUGCAGAGAUGUAUUCCACGUGCUUAAGUGAGUAACAGCGUGCACAUACCUAUGGGGAAUACUGCCAGCACUAACAGUGGCAUGGCACUGGCUUCACAUGACCUGUCUGGGAGGGGACAGGCAGCUCCUGCUUGGAAACACACCCCUGUUGCCCUUGCCUAAACCCUCACACAGUUUCAACAGCAGUAGUGAAAAGUGAGGAGUUGAACUCUGGGCUCUGAAUAGACACAAAGGACCUCUCCUGGGCUACCAUCAGCAGGAGGUGAGCAAAGAGCAGACAGCCAGAGUUCAAGGGUGCAGUGGCUUGAAAAUAUAGUGUAGACUUUGAGGAAGUCAUUAUAAAGCAACGUGUCUGUGUGAAGUCCAUUGUCAGCUUUUCUAGGAACGAAGGUUCCCCCUAAAACCAUACAGUGCUUGGUAGGACAUCAAACACCAUGUCUGGUCCUGUGUCUGUCUGCACAGAGUGACUGAUAUGCAACUGUUCAGGUGACCAGUUUAUUCCUCAUUUCUGAAACACUGCAAGAAAAGUACUCCCAAGAGGCUUCCCUCCAUCAUCAAGAUGGAAACAGAUUCUGCAUAUUACUCCACUGCUGAGCUGCAGAAGCAGGGAAAGAAGCUGUCUCAUGCCUUGAGGAUCAGUGCCUACGUCUUCAGUACAGGCCUGCUCAUGUUCACUGCCUUAGUGAACUCUGUCUCUUGGUUUAUGCAGAAUAUAACUUUAGGCAAUUUCUGGCAAACAGCAUGGUUGGAGUUCUAUGACCAUAUGGAGGGAGAUGAGUGGACAAUCUUCCUCACUGGGGCUGCAUUGGUGCCUGCACUUGCUUUCUGGGGCUUCAAUGGAAUCCUUCUGGUGGCUGAUAUAACAGGAAAGCCAACUUUCAUAACUCGCUAUCGCAUUCAGCUGGGCAAGAAUGAUCCUGUGGACACAAAGAAACUGUGGAAAGCCAUCUACACAGUUCUGGGUAAUCAGUUCUUUAUCUCCUUUCCCAUGCUUGUGCCCAUGUUCUACAUCAUGAAAUGGUGGGACAGCACCUUCAGCAAGGAAUUACCAACCUUCCAGUGGUUUCUUGUGGAGCUAAGCAUUUUUACUGUAGUAGAGGAAAUUCUCUUCUAUUAUUCACACAGGCUUGUUCACCACCCAGUGCUGUAUAAGCACAUUCACAAGAAGCACCACGAAUGGACAGCCCCCAUCGGUGUGGUCUCCAUUUAUGCUCACCCAAUAGAACACAUAAUCUCCAACACUCUGCCUGUGAUGACUGGCCCGAUGAUCAUGGGAUCUCAUAUUGUUUCAAUCUCAGCAUGGUUCUCCAUUGCUCUUGUAACAACAAGCAUUUCUCACUGUGGCUACCACUUGCCCCUUCUGCCAUCUCCAGAGUUCCAUGACUUCCACCACCUCAAGUUCAACCAGUGUUACGGAGUGCUGGGAGUGCUGGAUUUUCUGCAUGGCACGGACAAAAUGUUCAGACAAAGCAAAGCCUUUGAGAGACACAAGGUCCUGCUUGGCCUCACACCACUCUCUGAAAGCAUCCCUGAUCCACCCAAGAAAGAUGAGUGAACCAGCCCAGCAGCUCUUGCCCAGCCUGGUGACGAGCAGAGUGAGACAAUGAUUUGUGCCAAAUAGUAUUUUAAUCAGGAAACAAGUUCUUGUCCACACAUAACCAAACAUGAAGCUGAAGUUAAAUAUGCUGCUUGAAAU